GCCAGCUGUGAUCAGUGUUUUAUAUGCAGAUAUAAGGAAGCUGGCAAAAACCGGCAUUGCCGGCCUGCCCUCGACUAUGCGCUCGUUUUUCCUCCUCGUUUCUCUCUCUCUCUCUCUCGCAUAUUCCCCUGGUGUCUCUAAAAGCCCUCCAACUUUGAGCAUCGGCCGACCCUGUCGAAGCCUACAAGGGCCACGCUGCCUCCCAUGAAGAACAAGUUCUUCCUCUGUUUCCGGCCGCUGGGGCUCCCGACAGUAGCGGAAUCCGGCGGCGGGGAAACAAAGAUUUCAAUGGCGAAACCACGCGUCUUGGAUAGGCAAAGCUCCGUGAUCUCGCGAAAUGGAGAUGAUUCUCGGAAGAAGGACAAGAACAAGGCCUUUUCCGGGGCUGUCAAGGCUGUUCUGUUUGAGAUUUCGUUGAGAAAAAGGGCUCGAGUCGCCGGAGCUUCUCGGCUCAGAAUAGAUUCGAAGCACAGCGAUGUGAGCAAAAGCGAUUCACUCUCGGGGGCGUCCAAAUCGCCCACUGCCGAUUCCUCGAGUCCCGCCGGAGCUUCAUCGGCUUCAUCUACACCAACUUCGUGCUCUUCUUCUUCUUCUUCGUCCUCCUCUUCUUCAUCUAACAAGAAGUUUUCACGAACGCAAGGUCCGAGCAAUAUUCAACAACACAACAGGGCAGUGAAAAGCGAAGGGAAAGUGAAUGGUUGUGCAAGUAUGAACGCUGGUUUCGUGUUGGUUCUGAUCAGUCUCGGCAUGAUGGUAUGCUACGGGCGGCUCUGCGCCAUACUGUUCACGUCGGUGUGCCUUUACUUCCUGUGCCGGCAACCGGCGCCGGAAAAGGAGGCGCGGAGGGCGGCGGAGACGGCGAGAAAGAACAGGAAGAGGGUCAUAAUGGAAGGGCUGCUGGAGAGGAAGCACCACCAGAGGAGAGGGGCAUUAAAUUUGUUGGCGUGAAAGAGAAUUUGGGUUUAAUGGCGAUGGAUAUCGUGGAUGUGUCUCUCUGCUGGUGGCUGGUGCUGGCUGCUGCAGUUGUAAUUAUUUAAGGCUCUGGUCAGUGAAAUCUUAGUUUCACGCUUUUGGGAGGGGAAAUGUCGAAGAUAUUCUUCUCUCCAGUUCUUCUGUCAGAUAUUUUACGUAUUUCAUUUUCUUUUCUUUCCUCUCUCUGUUUUCUUAGAACGUAUAGGACCAGAGUUGUAAUGACGACUUCGUCCUGUCCACUUUGCAUUGAUAAAUCAAUUCCUUACUCUACUCUUG